CUGGAUUCAACAUGACGACUCCACGCACGAGCCAACCCCCACUUGCUCUAAACCACAAUGUCCCCGCCAGCUCAGUCUGCGAACGAGAAAGGCUCGCCGCAGAUGCACGACGAGAAAGCUGACGAGCACACCCUCAGCAACAGACCUCACGUUCCCCUCUCCUCAGCUGCCCCUACAAGCACCAAGAAACCCUUGCUGGAUAGGCUGCAUCUGCCUGAUUGGGUCAUAACUAAUCUGCGUUCUUCAAGGUCUAGGAGGGUAUGGCUUAGAUGCUGGACCGUAUCUUGGGUCGCCUACGUCAUUCUGCUGCCCAAUGCAUCUCUGAAGGAGUUAGGAAACGUUGCUAUCUUUGCGUUCCUCGCAAGCUUCAUGGCGCCUGCGAAUUUGCCAGUGCAGUUCUUCCUAUUCGUCCUUACGGCUAUGAUCCUUGGCCUGUGUUUGGGAUGGGCACUGGGUGCAGCCGCCAUGAGAGCUGCUCUCGCCUCCAGGAACCAGCUCCUCCUCCAACAAAGUCUUCAAACGGAAGCUCAAAGCGCCGCAGGCUUGGCCAACCCGGACGCCCUGUUCCAAGCCGAUGUAUUUGCUGGCAAAUUUCUCGACACUGCAUCAUCCAUCAUUUUUGGAGCCUUCUUGGGGCUUGGUUGCUUCCUCUUCGCUCUGAUGCGAUCAUAUGCGCCAAAGUUGUUGCUUACGAGCGUUUUUGGCACUAUCGCUCUGGAUAUCUUUUGCAACUACGGUGCUUUAUUCCCUUUUCCCCAGUAUACCCUCAUGAAUUCGCUCCUCGAGUCAAUUGCGUGCUAUAUCGGCAUCGGCAUGGUUUGCACACUAUUCAUCUUCCCCGAGACCUUGAAUCAUGCAACACUGGUGUCCACUUCUGCCUUGGUGGGACGUCUGACAGACAUUGUCGAACUGCAGCACCAGAUCCUCAACGUUUCCCCCGAUGACCUCGCUGAAGGGACGCCGUUCGCUUCCAAGAUGCAAGGUUUGCGAACGGCAGUCUUGGCGGAAAUUCAGCAAAUGACGAGCUCCCUGAAUUUCAUUGGGGGCGAGUUCAGCUGGGGCAAAUGGAAUGCCGAGGAUAUCACAGGAAUGAAAGAGCCGCUUGUCCUCGUGGUUAACCGGGCAGCUAGCCGGGCGCCCUUCUUCGCGCGAGCCAAAUCCGCCCCUUUCCCAGAAGCCUCCACUUCAUCUGGCGCACCUUCUUCAGCCGCUGAGGACGCUCACGGAUUCACCGGUGACACACCUCUCCUGCGCCAGCUCCACCAGCUGCACAAUACCGCAGAGUUGACCUACUCUGUGCGCAUGCAGGACGUUAUGCCCGUGAUCGAGGAGUCCACCGCCGACCUGCGUUCCGCCUGUUCCAAUGGUCUGCGCGCGACGAAGACAGUGCUCGACGGCAUCAACACACGGCGGUAUGCCCGCCAGGGCGCCGAAGAUUCCGACCAACACCUGACCGACCUCGACGCUGCAUUUGAGCGCCUGCGCACCGCACUCGAGGAGUUCAAGACCUCGCGCCGAAUGCAGCUCUUGCGUCCGUUUGACAGUUGCGAUGCGAGGACGUCGGAGUCGCUGCGACCAAGCGCCGUCCCCCUGCGCAGCCUCUACAUCUCGUUUGUCUUCGCAACUAACCUCGUCGUGCUUACCGAAGCGAUCGCCGGGCUGAUGGAGUACGUUCAGCUGACAGCCCACAAGCGGAAAAAGAACCGUUUGUGGGCUCCUGGCGGGCUGCGCGCUCUGGGGAGGGCCAUCAUGUCCCGGGGGGACGCGAGCGACCAGGCGGCAGGCGAAGAUUACGCGCCUCGGCCUAAUGAAGAGGUCAAGGAAGAGGAGGGACCGUAUCGACGCGACCCUGAUAGUAGGCCACCCACGAAUGCUUUGCAAAGAGUUGCCAACGGCCUGCACACUCUGUAUAAAUGGAUCAAAACACCUGAAGCCCUGUUCUGCUUUAGAUAUGCUGUCAUCUCCGUGGCGUUAUACAUACCGGCCGUAGUUCGUACGAGUGCAAUCGAAAAGAAUUUAUCUACAUUAAUAAGGGCCUCUGUUUUUACUUCAGGCGACGCGAAAAGCAACUGUAACCCGUACGGCUCUGCCGCUACGGUUGCUGUCUUCUUGGUUCACCUCAUCUUCCUGAGGCUGUUCUCUCCGCCGCAGUACCUGUCGGGUGUGAUGAUUGGCGGUUCGACUUACAUGCUGGUCCCAGGGUACUCCUGGAUUGAUGGGCAUUUACCAACUGUUGGUAAUCCGGGGCUUGGGUGGGAUGUGGCAUGGAGGCGCUUCGUCAACGUGAUCAUCGGCAGCGCCGCGUCGUUCGUUGUAAUGAUGCUUCCCCCCAAGUCCGGACGCAAAGCCGUCCGGCUACGCAAUUCCUCUCACAUAUCCACGAUCUCUUUUCUGUACUCGGACAUCAUGGCCGUAUGGAUCGAUAGCGCCAGCGUGCGCCACGUACAUGGAUCCUUGGCCGAGCUCCUCCCGAACGCGCGCAAGCAGUUUCUCAAGCUCGCGACGCAGCUCCAGGCGGUCAAGAGUCAAACAACAAUAGCCAAGUGGGAGGGCAGCAUCCGCGGCGCAUGGCCAUUCGAGGAGUACAUGAAGCUUGCGAACGUGCAGACUGACAUGAUGAGCAGUCUUGCCCUGCUUGCAAGCGCAUUGGCUCAGGUCGACCCUGCGAUGCGUGCCAGCUUCCUUCAGCGCACGAUGGCUGUCAACCCCAACUUUUUCAAUGUGAUGGCCACCUUCUCACUGGUCUCACAGGCCUUGCGCACGGGGGAACCUCUCCCGCAGCCCUUCCACCAGAACUUUCUCGAUAGACUACAUUAUCAUGGCACUGUCGAAAGGCAAACCUUCGCCGAGAACGAUGACAAUGCCAAGGACUUGGUACACAAGAGCAACCCCGAGCAGAUCGCAAACUACGAGUUCAUGUUCUAUGCCACCGCGAUCUGUGCCGUGUUCCAGGUGGUAGAGGGAUUAAAUGAGCUGCAUGAAAUCACAGCAAGGCUUUGUGGUGCAAUUCCUUUGCAGGGGUGGACGAAGUGGAGAGCGGAGUAUGACCAGACACAUGCCAUGAAGGCAUGAUUGUAUUACCGGCAUACGAUUCUUGACGAUGCUUAUUAUUCGGUAUGCCACUGUCUCUUGUAGCUUCUUUAUGUACUGUACGUCCUUUUCAUCACCACUAAUGUUAAUUGUGAAAAUAAUUUAGGCAAGCUAGCGAGCCCGCGCCCUCGUAGGUUGUGUGAUACAUUUCUUUCUUCAGCCAGCAUUGGAUACAACUCGCAUGGGACAUUCAUGGCUCAAGUCACUCGUGCUCGAACCCCUCAAAAUGCACCUCUAGUCGCUCCCCGUCCCCCUCUCGCACCGCCGUCGGCCGCGCAGCGUACGUCCCCACCUGCAUCAGGCCUUCAUGCUCGAACGCCCAUGUCACCUCUCGUAUCGGCACCUCGUCCCGCACGCCAUCGCGCACAACAUACACGAACAGCGAUGAGCCAGUUUCCGUUGCCGCGUUGACGGCCUCGCGCUCGAGUUCGAUCGUGACGCCUGGCUCAGACGUAUGUGAGGAGGAGAGGGGCAGCGAUGUAAGGCUCCAGUCGGACCACUCCCGCGAGGCUACGACGCUGACGGUCGGCCUGCCGUGGUAGAACUCGAUGCCCGCCUUCAGCCAGAAGCGUCCGGUGACGCUUGUGAACCCUCCGUCCCCUCCUGCGUCUCCAGCACUUGUCGCGUCCGACGAAGGGCCCGGAAACACGAUGAAAAGCCCGCCCUGGUCGUACAACCUCUCCCAAUGCGCGCGGACCGUGACGCGUACACGCUUGAACGUGCGGGACUCGACGCCCACGAGCUGCGUCGGCGCGUUCGCGCUGUCUAUCGACGGCGGCUUCCGCCAGAAGUCGGUCUUCGGGGCAGCGAUGAGUGUGGAGGACUCAGGCAUUGUAGUGAGUAUAUCUCAGCUCAGACUCAAGAUGGCGUGGCGAGUGGAAGUAGAUGGCAAGGAGGGAGGUGCCCGUGAGAGGGAUGAAGAAGGACGCCAGUCCUUCCGCCGAGGAUAUGCCGGCGGGUGCGCGCGCGAGCUUGAAAACUGUUACAAUUGAGUUUCUUCACUGUGGUAUACUCACAUGAAUUUCCAGACUCCGGCAUAGCCCAUCGUACAUUCCGACGAGGUCACCGUUAGGACCGCCGCCGAUUGUUGAUACCUAGAGGCGGCGGCACGGCUAUACAAAUCUGGUCUAAAGCACUAGAUGUGUAAAAGUACGUUCCCUACCUCAGUACAUAACGACUGCGUUCACUCGCCGAACUUCUUGCCCUUCUCGCCAUCGGCCUCGACCUGAUCUCAAUCUGGCUGACCACACGCCUACUUCCUCUCCUGCCGCGAUAUCCUAUCUCGUCCUCGGUUAGCUGGUUAAGGCCACUCUGGUAUCAAUGCCCCCUUCGUCGACCUGUGCACUAUCUUCGGCCGCAUCAUCUUCUGUUGCGUCGUCUCCUUCAUUCGCAUAACCUUCAAUGUGGUCGUCUUCUUCGCUCGUAGGUACGUCAAAGUGGACUCUUUUACUGCCAGCGGUAUCUUGACUAUCUAUUUGCUGUCUUCUGUUCAUCGGCCCUUCUUCUGCGUCUCCGUGCUUUCCUGCGGCGCCCGCGUUCACCGGCAACUCCUCCGCAUCCCGACCAAAGCUACUAGACCCUCCAAUCAGCAGCCUCUGGUACUGUCUCUCCUGUGACGGCAUGUGCUGGACUGACUGGACUGCUGACUGCGAAGCCAGCGGGUGGUCGGUGACACCCACGAAUCUUAGCGCCGACGGACCUGCAGUGACGUAGGAGGGGCCAACGGGUCCAACUUCUGGUUGUUGCGACGCAAGCCGCCUCCGCUCUUGAAGUCUCGCGAGUCUUGAGUAUCUCGUUACAUACUCAGGCGGGACGAAGGACCCAAGGGAAACGACGAGCUCGUCCGGAAAGAUUGGCUCGCGCGUGGAUGAACAAGGAGUCGAAGUACCGCCACCGUUUUCGACAGACUCCACGAUGUCGAGACACUCCAUGGCGAGCUUUCGGUCCUCGGCAAGCAGCUCGUCCGGGGUGAGAGAUGCAGGAGCACACGUAUAGUAUUGCGCGCUCUCGACGCGCCAUCUUUUCUCGGAGGUAUACUUGCGUAGGGCAGCGUUUAUUGCAUUGCAGAGCGUCCGCGUUGUUGACCUUGAGACCAUCCGCUCGAUACUCAGCAGAGAUGACGAUGAUGACGACGACGACGACGUCUGGGUCUCUGGAUCCUCCUUGGCGUGUCCCACGCAUAGCCGGAUGUGGAGGUAGCAAAAGCGAACUAUGUCAAUUGGGCGAGAUUCUUGUCCGUCGUCAUACAUGCCGUUCACGUAUUGUUGUGCAACCAUCAUUGAAUUAUCCAACAUAGCCGUCUGAUCUGGGC